AUGAACUGGGUAGGUGGGAGGCUUCGCCGCCAUUCCAAGGCAAACUCAAACACCGCGAAAGCGAGGCAGCGUGAGUAUUUCGCGAAACAGAAAGGCAAGCUCGGCACGGAGUCGCUUUCAUACUUCGAGAAUUUCAGGCCCGACUUUCUACCUCCGGACAAGGCAUCAUCGCAAUGGCAAGGUCGGCAGCAAAAGCUUGAAGAGUUUGAGUCAGUCGCUCCAGUUGUCAAACGGCUGAUCUCCAUGACCCCAAGAGUCACUGGAACCAGUAAAUCUCACGGCCCUAAAAAUUCGCUUCAAGGCAAGCUUGAUCUGCGCUCAAAUCAUGCCGAGAGCGCCAACAUAGCGGACAGACUUCAACACCAAGUGGUACCUCGGGCAUCACCCUCAGGGAAGCUUGAUGUUUCAGACGAGCACUCGAAUCCAGGGGAGAAACUGACCAGAGAAGAAUGGCUAAAAGAACAGAGAAACCGACUUCUCGCUCAAGAUGAUUGGGCGGGGCUUCGAGUUACCCAACCCUUACGCAUGGCGUUCGUCUCGGACGCAGAGCGAUCGAUGAUUGGGAAGCGUCGGAAGAUUAACGGCGAUGGCAUAUCGAUGUUCGCCAAAAGACAUCUCAAGCAAGCAAAUACCACAACUCCUGAGCCGACUCUAAUACAGACACAUACGAAUACUCACCACGGCGGGGACAAGGGAGACAUCAUUGUACGGAUUGGCACGAAUGCCUUGGACAGCACUCAACACAGUUCUCGUCCAAACUCAUUGUCAUUCGAUCCUUUCGAAUCACCAGACUCUAUGCUUCUGGACCAUGAGGCGAAGCCUUCUUCGACUCCAUUGAAGAAAAAAAUGCUUGACGUCAGAACUAGUAUCCAACAAAGAGAGUUCCACCCCCAAAUGGAAGACACGUUCAGAGACGACGACUUCCCCAUGCAGCCGCCACCAAGUUCUGUCUCCUGGGUGCAUACCCAGUAUUCACCUACUCCGUAUGCACAGAAUACGCCUCCAUCGAUUUAUGCGAGAGCCCCCGCUUCAGUUCCAAUCUUCACUAACGCAUAUCUGCCUAACGACCGGCCAUAUACUGGCUACGCAGUGUCAGAAGAGGAAGAUGAUGAUAGGUGUGCGGAAAAUGCGCCGGCAUGUGCACCGGAGCGAUUACCCUUUGGGAUUGACGCGCCCGUUCUCCCUGUUGACAAUCCUGUCACUCCUGCUGCGCGGGCCCUCUCAAUCAUCACAAUCUCAAGCACUACAAGCAGUGAUUUGACGUAUGCUGACAACCAAUCAAUUGGCAAUGAGGCUGUUGGCAAUAUGCAGUGGGAAUAUGUACUUGGGGUUCCUCAAGGCAAUGGUAUUGCGACCAUAGGGGGCAAAUCAGGGGCAAACGAGAACGAUUCGCAAACAGCUAAUCCAAGCGGACACCAGCAUAGGACAAAAACGCGAGCGCCUCAUGAAGGAACUGAGGCCGGCCAGGGAGGCAAGGAGACUGACCAGAAACGUGAGCGGGAAAGGAAUGAAAUAGAAGAAGAAGAAUUGUGGAAGCGUUUCGUUUUCGGGUCCGAGCUAGACAGUCGGCAAUCCCCAACGGGAAAGGGGGCCAAUGUGGAAAGGCAGGAAGAGCAGGAUAUGGGAAUCAAGAAACAUCAGGAGUCCUCCCUCACUGUGAACGUGGGUACGAGUUCUUCAAAUUCGAUUCUGUUUAUCCAGCCAUCGACACCACGAAGCAACGCAGCUACAAAGGCCUCAGAACCACUGAACACCAGUGUUGACUCCAGCUGUGCGCAGGAACGGGAACACCAGGACAACUCUGCAUCCUUUGUCACCGGAAAACUUCCACAAGCUGGAUCUGUGUCAUUCAUUAGCUCUUUUGCAGCCAGUGAGUCGAAUCAGGGGUCUAACGGCGGUAUUGAUGCUCAGUCACGAACUGGUCAGCUUUCGUCCAAAUGCCGUAGUCCACUGGAAAUGCUACCGUCGCAUUCACAUUACCAGAAUAUGAAGUGGAAACGGCCGCAGCAAUUCUCAUCUGACCUUGAGCCGUCUAAAUCUCAGGGCUUCACGGAACUGGUUUCGAACAGCCAUCAUGGCGCCCAUCCGCCACGUCCAUCAGCCUUCCAAUACUUCCCUGGUCGUCCUGAGCAUUCCAAGCCUCGGCCAUUGAUUGAAGUUGCGGAGGAUAUUGAGGAGUGA